UCAGGUCAAUAAUUCAACGUAGGGUAAGAAUACACAUUUUCCUACAACUGGAAAUGUAAAUUGAUGUGAAAUUUAGGAUUGUUUAUCAGUCAUGAUGUGAUUUACAACCUGGUGUUCUGCUUUUGUCCAGCAGAGGGCAGCAUAUGAACAGCUCUCAGGGAAGGAUCCAAACUGCACAAAGACUCACUUCCUUGUGAUUCAGUGAAUCAGUCCUGACUUUAAACGUCACUUUCCAGAAAUGAAAGUAAGUGUUUGUCAGAGCGAAGCCUGAGCUGCCGUCGAGAGAAACCUGUUUCCUCCUGAAGACCAACUAAGUUCAUCUGUUUCUUCUCAGCAACAGACUCUAACUCUGAGUUCAGAAAUGUCUUCUGGCAGCAACCUGAGGUCUGAGGAUCAGUUUCUGUGCUCCAUCUGUCUGGAUGUGUUCACUGAUCCAGUCACCACACCAUGUGGACACAACUUCUGCAAAGCCUGCAUCACUCAGCACUGGGAGGUUAAUGAAAGAUGUCAGUGUCCUGUAUGUAAGAAGGUGUUCAAGAUGAGACCUGAGGUGGAAGUCAACACCUUCAUCAAAGAGAUGGUUGCUCAGUUCAGACAUGAAGCUCAGCAGGAAGCCAGCAGCAGCAGUUCAGCUGCUAAACCAGGAGAAGUUCCCUGUGACGUCUGCACUGGAACCAAGCUGAAGGCCCUGAAGUCCUGCCUGGUGUGUCUGCUCUCCUACUGUCAGACUCACCUGGAGCCUCAUCGGACCACUCCACGUCUGAAGAAACAUCAGCUGAUGGAGCCUGUGGAGAACCUGGAGGACAGGAUGUGUCUGCAGCACGAUAAACCUCUGGAGCUGUUCUGUAGGACCGACCAGACAUGUGUCUGCUCUCUCUGUCCUGUUCUAGACCACAAGAACCAUGAGUUUGUUCCUCUGAGAGAAGAAUCUGAAGGAAAGAAGGCAGAGCUGAAGAAGACCGAGGCUGAAGUUCAGAAGAUGAUCCAGAGCAGACGAGUGAAGAUCCAGGAGAUCAAAGAGUCGGUGAAGAUCAGUAAAGAUGCUGCAGACAGAGAGAAAGCAGAAGGUGUUCAGGUCUUCACUGCUCUGAAGGAGGCUGCUGAGAGAGGCCUGGAGGAGCUCAUCAAGGAGAUCCAAGACAAACAGAAAACUGCAGAGAAACAGGCUGAAGACUUCAUCAAAGAUCUGGAGCAGGAAAUCUCUGAGCUGAUGAAGAGGAGCUCUGAGGUGAAGCAGCUCUCACAGUCUGAAGACCACCUCCACCUCCUCCAAAGCUUCUCCUCCCUGAAAGCUGCUCCACCCACCAAGAACUGGACAGAGGUCAGAGUUCAUCCUCCAUCAUAUGAGGGGACUGUGGUGAGAGCUGCUGCUCAGCUGCUGGAGAAGAUGAAGAAGAAGAUGGAGCUGAAGAGGGUCCAGCAGUAUGCAGUGGAUGUGACUCUGGAUCCUGAUACAGCUCAUCCUAACCUCAUCCUGUCUGAUGAUGGAAAACAGGUGAAACAUGGAGAUGUGAGGAAGGAGCUUCCAGACAACCCAGAGAGAUUUUCUCCAUGUCCGUGUGUUUUAGGACAUCAGAGUUUCUCUUCAGGCAGAUUUUACUUUGAGGUUCAGGUUAAAGGAAAAACUGAGUGGGAUUUAGGAGUGGCCAGAGAGUCCAUCAACAGGAAAGGAGACAUCACUCUGAGUCCUCAGAAUGGUUACUGGACUGUUGUGUUGAGAAAUAGAAAUGAGUACCUAGCUUGUGCUGAACCUUCAGUCCGUCUUCAUCUCCAGCCUGGUCCUGAGAAGGUGGGGGUGUUUGUGGAUUAUGAGGAGGGUCUGGUCUCCUUUUAUGAUGUAGAUGCUGCAGCUCUGAUCUACUCCUUUACCGGCUGCUGCUUCACUGAGAAGAUCUACCCAUACUUCUGUCCCUGUAAUAAUGAUGGAGGUGAAAACUCUGCUCCUCUGAUCAUCUGUCCUGUUAAUCAGGAUGAUUUUAACUCUGAUGAAUCUGAAUCAGAACCAGAAUCCGAAUCCGAACAAGAUCCAGAACCAGAACCAGAUACAGCUCCAUGAACAAAUAACCUCUGGGCGAAGAACCUCCAGUCUGAGUGACUCUUUAGGAGACGUAUUUAGGUCUAUUUCACAAAACCAAGAUAGACGAUUAAACCAGGAUUUUCCAGAUAUUCUGUCUGAAUUAAGCCUGACCUCACAUCAGUUACCAUGGUGAUUUAUCCUGCUCCAGACCAGGCUAACAGGUUUAGUUAAUCCUGGUUCCUUCUCUGUUCAGUCAUUGGUCAAACUGAUCAGAAAUCAGUGAGUUUGUCACUGAUUCUGUUUCCUGAGUGUUUUUUUUUCAGCCCGCUUUAAAAUCCCACUGAUACACUUUGGUAUCCAGUCAAGUACUUUAAUAAUUUUAAAUUAUGAUGGUAGCCUAAAGAUUUGUUAACUUUAUAAUUAUCCAUGUGGGCGUUGUUACUGUUUAACUGUGUUUUUGAAGACUGUUGUUGUUCUGACUUUGACAGAAAGGUUUAAUAGACUGUUGCUGCUGUUGAGGGAAUUAGAACAGCUGGUGAAGAAUCAAAGGUGUUGUCAAUAAAAUCUGGUGUUAAACCAUUUUCAACGAAAUCCUGCAACUGUAGGGGGCGCUGUUCUACUGCCUCCUCCCAAAAAAAAGAACAUGUUUAUCUUCAAGUGCACAAAAUCCUCAUCUCACAGCCCUAAAAGGAAAGGAACUAUACAAACCAUGAGACUUAGUGGCCUUACAACUGUUGAUGGAAAAACAUGCUAUUUGAAAUAUUUUUUAUUAAAAGGUAAUUUCAUUGCAUAUCAGAUAUAUUAACCUGUUUCAAUUUGUUUUAGAGUCUAUGCUUAGUGUUGUAAAUCCAAAACAAUUUUCUAUUAAUAAUUAUUGGAAAAUUUAAAUCUGAAAAGGAGAGAACAUUAUUAUGGAAAUACUGCCUGAUGAAACAGUUUCAUCCCUCUCUGCUGCUCUAUUGCUUCAGAGUUAUGGAAAGGUCAGCAAUAAAAUGGUUUAAAGUUAUUUUUGCAAUAUAAAAGUAGCUCCAAACAAACGUGUUUCCUUCAUAACAGCAGCAGUGUUUCAUUUAUUGAGUCUGAUGUGCUUCAGUUCCUCAUCAGCCUCCAUCAAUAGAUGUUGCCUGUCUGGUUUAUAGAUUGGAGCUGAUCCAUUGUAGCAUCAGUGAAUCUGUGAUCGACCUCAUGGUCUUUGUAGACAGCAGAGGACGCACAUUUAUCUGGAUUACCACACCUGGCUUGACUUAGUGACGUUUCCUGAACCUGGAUUGGGUUUUGUGGAGCGAAUGAAGUCGAGACGCAUUGAUCACGUUAGUUCAAGCCUGGUUUUAGAACUAAUCCUGGAUUUCCAAAUUCAGCUUUUUGUUAAAUAGGCCCCUGCUGGUGGAGAGGUGAUCUUGGAGAAGUCUCAAGCAGGAACUCGUUCUUCUUCUCUGAAACUUUUGCUUCUCUUUUAUAAAGUAAAACUGGGAUUUAGGUGAAAUACAGCCAUGUUAAUUCAUGUUCUGCCCUCAGGAUGAGAGAAGAUUAAAAACUGUAUUUUUUAGACUAUAGCUCCCCCUCUGGGUCUUAAUGCCAAAUCAGUUGGAUAGAAGUUUCUCUGGAUUAUUCUUGGAUCAAGUCAAAGAUUCGAUGAAAUCUGCUGGUUUUCCUUAGAUAGAAAACUUUGAUUUGAUAGAAUUGACUUUGGAAAGAUCCUUGAGAUGAUGAGUUGAUAUGGGUGCUUUGUAAAUAAAAUUGAAAUGAACUGAA